AUGCCAAGGGAUCGUGAAAGAAGUAGUUCCCGAGAUCGACGAAGUUCUUCAUAUAGCUCGGAGUCAUCUUACGAGCGCAAAAAGUCUAAAUAUAAACAUAAAAGACGAUCGCGUUCUAAGGACCAUUUACAGACAAAAAGUUAUAAGAGAAGACUGUCCAAUUCUAGGUCAAAACAUAGGAGACGGAGUUAUUCGAGAAGUGCGUCAAUAGAGCGUUAUGACAGUAGGUCUAAACUGCGUUCAUCAUCACACUCUCGAUCUAAGCGCUCUAAAUACUCCCGUGACCGUUCUCGGUCACGUUUGUCAUCUCGGGACCGAAAAUACAAUAAAAAGAGUCACAAGUGUUCUCGGUCCAAGAGCAGGUCGAAUUCUUUUGAUAUUGAGCCUCCACUACAGUUAGACAAUACAGACACCAUAGUAGAAAAGGCUAUAAAAGCAGCUGAGGCGGCAGGGCUGACUAUGACUAAGAUUCCAACAUAUGAGUAUAAAGAUGUAGCUGUGAAAGAAGAUAUGCCUACAAUACAUGAUCGUAACCUAUUAGAUGAACUAAAUAAUGAUGCAUUUGUUCAAAAAUCUUUCUCAUCAACUAAAAGGAAAAGGCAAAAUAUUGUUAUAGAUCUAAAUGCAGAAACUGUUAAAGUGCCAGAAGCUGAUGUUAAAGCUAGAAAAGAUGAUUCAAUUAUAAAUUUUAGUGAAAUUCUAUGUCAAGAAGAUCUAAAAGAGAUGUGGAUCACGAAAUUAUACCAAUAUCGGAAAAAAAUGUUGAGGGAAGAGUUAUAA